AUGGCCGCUUGUAACUUUAACAAACUAAAAGGCAUUUCCCAGCGUGUAUUUAUAAUCGGUUUGCCGGUUUUGCUCCUCGUCCAGCUUCUGGUCAGUUUAACAGUAACGCGCAGCAGCACGAGCGGGGACGAGCCUGCUUUUCUCGUCAUAAGCAUAGAGAAAACAAAUGACGGGUCACUGUCUGACCUGAGAAAACACAAGCGGGGUUUGGACAGCGGUGUUUUGGGUUUCUGGACUGCAGGGGAUUCAAGACUGACAGGAUACGAGGAUGAAAACGAGAUCGAAGGACUGCAGGACACAGCUAGAGAGCUGAUAUUGCAGCCAUGGGCUUCAGAACAGCCAUCAUUUUUUGCAGAGUUGCAACGUCUCACCCGGUUCAUCACCACAAUAGAGGUAAACUGCUCUGCGGUGCAGGGUUCAGAUUUGAAUCAGUUUUCACGGUCUCCUGGUCACUCAGAUGUUUUCUGCAUUAACCACUGGAAGGGUAAAACGGGUUGCGUUGCAUACUCAUUCAGCCUGGAUGGGAAAGAUGCAGUGUUUUUAGACACAAUGCUGUAUGUGGAGUGUGAGGUUCAUCGAUUUGACCCCAGCCGACGAGUGGGUCGAGAACCUGCAUUUAUUAAGCAUCACCGAGUUUGGUUAGACUGGAGAAACCUACGAGGUCACUCACAUACAGGCCUCAUGGGAAACAUACAGCACAGACUACUCGACAUUAUGGACUCCUUGGGCCACAUCACGGUGGAUGUCCUGCGUAUGGAUUUGGAGAGCGCUGAGUGGCGAAUGUUGGAAAGCUGGAUUAAAGAUGGGACUCUGAACCGGAUCAAUCAGCUCAUUCUGACCAUUCAUCUGCAGUGGGCGGGGUUUGAGGUGGGCGGGGCUGAGGAGGAGGUGGUGCGCUUCUGGUACAGUGUUUUGCGAGCGAUUCGCAUUUCGGGACUACGACUCGUGCAUUCAGCACACGGCCCGGGACACACAGUGCUUAGACACACACAGGCCAACUCACACAGUACAUACACACUCAGCUGGAUCAGGACAAGAGAGCAGAGCCGAUAGUAGCCUGUAGACUAUAGUAGAUAGUAGCAAAUCUGUAAAUAUAUGAUGUGUGCAUUAUGGAGCCUUUUCAGAAGAUCAUCAUGAUGCGUUAAUUUUGAUCAAUAGUCAUCAGCAUCUUAAAUACUUGAACAUUUUUAAUAUUUAGAUUUUUUUUUUACGUAUUCAUUUACAGUUGAAGUCAUCAUUAUGUAUGCCAAAGCUGAGUGGCCUUCUCUGAAUUUAAGAAGGUACACCCACUUGAGGACUCUAGUCUACAGGGCUCUUCUGGAUCUAGUGCCUUUACACCCAUGUUCCCUUCUUCAUAGAUCAAAAAGCCAGUAAGCCCUACGUUCAAGUGAAUCUUAUAAUUUGACUGUUCCCCGGGUUUGAACUGAAAUGGGGAGGCGAGCCUUUAUCCAUGCUGUCCCCUCAUCCUGGAAUACUCUUCAGUCUGAACUAAUAAUGUCUGAGCUCAUCCCAAUUCAAUCAUUUCGCUCUGUUCUUUACAAUAGAGGUGCUCCGAUCAGGAUUUUUGGGGCCGAUCUCCAAUUAUCGAUCACUUGAAACCAUAUUGGCCGAUACCGAUCACAGGGUCUAAUUAAAGUCUUUUAUUAAUCAUGUUUUUACUGCAUUUAUUGAUAAGCAACAUUCUAACCUAAAAGAUAGCAGUCUGUGCUUGGUUACCUAAUAGGAACAGUUUAGAUCAGAGAUGCCCAAACUAUGCCCAUGGACCAAAGUUGGCUCAUGAUAACCUUUGAUUUGGCCCUCCAUCUCCUGUGAGAAGGGAGGCAGAAUGUUGGUGGUAAGGUCAUUAGUACACAUUAUCAUUUCUAAUUUUAACGUAACCUUUCAUUUGUUUGAUUAAUUGUUGAGCUACAAAAAAGCAUAUUUCCAUUAAAUGUUUCAAUUAAAUGUUGUGAAUUCAUCUCAAUGGGUUUUUAUCUGGUUAAAUAAAGAAACUUAGUCAAGCCUUUAAAUGUCAG